GUGGUGGCCAGCUACCUCCGCAAGUACCCCAGCCCCAUGGAUAAGCACGUCAUGGCUGUAGAAACAGUGGAAGAGAAAACAGAUUUGUCUACAGGGAUUAUUUACCGGAGGAGAAUUGCAACGUGCAAGAAUGUAAUUCCUGAAAUCCUGAGAAAGGUCAGUGCCUUAAAAGUGCCCGACAUCUACCUGGAAGAGGAAUCUUGGCUUAAUAUGCAGAAAAGAAAUAUGUCUAUGAAAACUCACUGCCUCACGUGGACACAGUAUGCGUCCCUGAGCGAGGAGUCUGUCUUCAGAGAGAGCUUGGAAAACCCAAACUGGACAGACUUCACGCAGAAAGGCAGGAUAUCGGUUACGGGGGCCGGUUUGCUCAACCGUGUGUUGGAAGCUUUCGCUCAGUCAUUCUUAAAGCAAGGCGUGAAGAAGGGUAUUAAAAUAAUGGAGACACUUCUUCAGGAGCAGUGUGGUUGAUUGCAAUCUUUAUGAGCUAUUGAGAAAAUGCAUCUGUGUAGUUUCCUUGGAGCAGCAUAUCUUCAUUGCCGUCGGAAUUCUGUGGCUGUUAUCUGAACUUCGCUGGUGCCGUUUAUUGAGGAAAGAGAAUUUAAUGUGCAUAGGAGAAAAAGGCCAUAGACUGCAAACCUCUUACAGAAGACUGAGGAGGCAUGCUAUUUAAGGGAAGGUUGAUCUUGAAAAUCAUGGAGAAACAAUUGCAAGCUUGGAAGCAGCAGCAUCUUCUGAAUUUGUUCUACAAUCUCUAGAGACUAAGCCUUCGAUAAGGGAACACAGAACAACAAAAUAAAAUAGCCCUUGUUGCUGUGAAGAGACCCUUGUCUCGUCAACCAGUUGCUUUGCAUCUUGGCAAGGGAGGUGCAAGCAUGCCCCGUGUGCUGUUUAUUUCACAGCUUAGUUCUGUGGGAUAGAGACUUCAUUGUACGGAAAUGAAGCUCAACUUCAGCAGCCGAGUAGGGUUACUGUUCCCUGCUUGAGUCAACAUUGUUCAUUAUUUCAGCCCUGAUUGCUGUGUUGGAAAUGUUUGGUUAUUAUGCUCCUGCCAGUGUGAUUAUUUUCAGCUGUAAGACAUGCCUCAAUACAAGUUUUAAAUUACAUACAUCUGAAUUCUUUCAGGAAGUAUUUUUCUCCUGUUGUGUAUGAACAGGGGAAGAAAGCUGUUAGAAAACUGGUGAAGUGCAAGCAAAGUUCCCAACAGUGUCUCUUAUUUGCUUUUCUUCCUUUUGUUAUGUGCACUGCAACAGGAUAGUUUUAUUUCUAAACUUCCAUUGAUAAUUCAGGUGAGCAGAGACCAGCUUCGAUACCUUUACUGAGGCUGGUUGACACCACGUUUGAAUUCAGAUGCCUUGAAUUCAGCGUUUGUGGAGAUUUGAGCCCAUGAACUGACUGCCGUAAUGCAGAAGGGCCAGCUUCGUUUUUGGGGGGCAGGUUGGGUGUUGUUUCCCCAGAUGCUAUGUGAAGCCUGGCUGGGCUCUCCCCUUCGCUGUGCCUGGGUGCGGUGCGGCGCUGCCUGGCAUGGUGCUGCAGGCAGCGUGCGGCUCAGCCGCCCGGCCUGGGGGGCUGCGGCUGCGGGGCGAGUGCUGGCCCCUGCCUUGGGAUGAACGAGACGAGACCUGGGCCUUUAUGCUGGAUGGAUUUUGUAUUGACACCGCAGAACAAGAUACUUCCCUUCUUCCUUCUUAUUUUGGUUGGUAACUGACUCGUGAGUUUAGACUCUGGAUGCCAAAAGGUACAUAUUUAUGAAACGUAGAGGCCAAGACUAAAUACAUUCAUUAACAUAUUUAUUUUUCUUGAGUUACUGCUUUGUGUGCCUGAGGAAACUAUCAGAUCACUUUCUUUUUAGUUACAAAGUACAAUUUUAGGAGUAACAUUUUUAUUCUUGUAGUGCUAUGGAUUUUGGGAUCAGGAUAGGAAGCAUAUGCAUUCUUCCUCCACCCUGAAGGUAGGAGUAGUAUGUGAAUAGUAAAAGGCCAAUGAAAUCCAGUCUGUUCUUCAAAAACUAAGUUACUUGUCUGCACGCAAGUGACUUGAGCAGCUCUGGCCCUCAGAAAUCAGUCCCAGCACUUCUGCAGACCUCCUUUUCUAAAUAACAGGAUGGCAGCAGAAAAAGAAAUACUUUUAUUCAAAUUGUUUUAUCAAAGUAGUUAAUACACACUUGCUUAAUUCUAGGAAUUUAAUUAAAUCUUGCUUAAUGUGUGGACUAAAAAUACACACAGGUAACUUUGGUCAAAGCCUUGAAAUGACAAAGUUAAAUUUAAAAAAUGAGAAAAUUGGUAUUUUAUUUUCUUAAUUAUUGUACUAAAGCGACUCCAUGAACAUUUCCAUUAAAAAGUCAUCUUUGGUCACCA